AUGCGACGUUUGGGUCCCGUCCUUCAUCGUUCUCGCGAAAAUACACAACCCUUGCUUGAUGUGUCUUUAUUUUAUGCGGGUUUUGCGCCGCCGCCCGACGGGGAUGCCGUCGAGGCGAAAUGUGUUGAUUCGUUAGGAGAGUCGUUAGCGUUGCAAUCGUCGCAUACAUCGCAGACAGGUUCAUCCGCUCCGAUGAUGAUCAUGAUGAUGAAGACAUACGAAAACGCUUUCGAAUCAUAA